AUGGCGGCGCCCGGGCGGCGGUGAAGCGGCGGGUGAGAUCCGGUCCAAACACAAAGAGGGAGAAAACCCGCCCGAGGUGGGGGGUGGGGGGGGGGACCCGCGGGUGAAGAUCCUCAGCCUGGGCCUCGGGUGCGGACAGAACCGGAGAACCCCCAACCCCUUGGAAAGAUGCGUCUCACCACUGCCCUGUGGAUCAGCCAUGGCAAGGUUGCCCGUCGGAUGGGCCUCGGGCCCCAAUCCCGCAUCAAUAUGUUACGGAACCUCGUGACUGCGUUAGUCCGGCACGAGAGGAUUGAAACCACACUGGCACGAGCUGACGAGAUGAAACCCUACGCUGAGAAGCUGGUGGACUAUGCGAAGCGGGGUGACACGGAUGACAGAGCCAUGAAGAUGGCUGACUUCUGGCUGACGGAAAAAGAUCUCAUCCCGAAGCUGUUCCAGGUCCUGGCUCCGCGAUUCCAGGACCACCAGGGGAGUUACGUUCGGAUGGUGCAGAUCCCGACCCGUGAGAAGGACAGCGCCAAAAUGGCGGCCAUCGAGUACAGACGCAACCCUCUGCCGCCCCUCAUCGCCGGGCGCCCGGGAGCCAACGAGAAGACCCUGGUCAAUCAGCUGCUGAAGGGCUACAGGGAGGAGGUGGCGCGGAAGGGGACCUCGGGCACAGGCGAAUCCCAGGCCUCCAGUGCGGCCUAGCUGGGACAGAAGGCAAGGCAAUGGAUUGCAGUCGCUUCCCUGCACCCAGCCCUUCCCCUCCCGGGGACCAUCAACCAUUUCAGGCUGCCCGGGGACAUAUCUGGGAUUGCAUUCCCAUUGCACUUGAUCUUCUGGGUAUCGCUGACAACCUCGGGCAUGAACCUGGGCACGACUCUUGGUCACUCAGAGAUCUGGCUCACUUAUAAAAACUGUAUAAUAUUAAACCCGCAAUGUGUGAUUCUC